CUCACGUCGGAGCAGACAUGGCGGAGCUGCAGAAAAUAAAAUGUGUAGUAGAAGAGUUCCUAAAGGAAUACUUCCUCCAAAACAGCCAAGCAGAGGAGAACAGACAGAAGGAGACCCAAGCUGCCACCGAAAUUCAGAGCUGGUUCCGAGCCUGUAAGGUGCGGGCAUACCUCAGCCAUCUGCACAAGAAAGCAGUCAUUAUACAGAAGAUAUGGCGGGGCUUCACAACAAGGGCACGUGUCAGACAAAUGGUGAAGGAGGCAUAUUUUAUCAUGAAGAUGAAUUUCUACAAUGUGAUGGCGGUCAGGAUUCAGCGGCAGUGGAGAGGAUUCUUUGUGAGGAAGUAUGUCCAUAACUUUUAUGCACGUAAAAGCUACAUGGAGAGGCUGAUCAUAAAAAAUCACCUUAUCAGGAGGGAGCUGGAUGAGAUUGAGGAGCUCCAGAUAAGAAAAAGAGAAUGUGUAGAGAUGGUAAAAGAGCAAACAGCCAAAAUCUCCCAAGCUCGGCGGUUACAUCACCUUCUCAGUACAAAACAGUGCCCAGGGGUCUUCAACUCUCCUUUCAGGCCAGCCCCUCAUGAAAUGGAGCUAAUGUUGAGGCAGGUCAAGUACCAGACCCCCACCAGGCUGGUCCCCAGGGAUAGGGCUUGCCUCUUGCGCAUUCCUGGAUCAGCAGCCCCUAGUUUCUCUGGGACUCCGAAAUCCCCAUGGAUCAAAUCCACUAAAACCUGUGGCUCCAGGCCCAUACUGCCUCCAAUUGCCAGCAAAAAACAGCAGGGUGAGUUUAGAGAGCCAGGUGAAUUGUGGGAGCAGCACUUACGAUGUCCUGACUUGAUGAUGUCCCUCCAGACCUCCUACACACACUUAGAGGAAAUCCAGAGGCAGCUACGACACCAUCAGUCAGUAAGGCUCCCAAGUGUUGUACAAGGAACUGGAAGUGUUCUCCACCAUAUGAGUCACAGCAGUCCUUCUUUUAAAUAGACGCCAACUUUCAGAGAAGCCAUUUAAGCCACCUGCAACACCUUUGGAAUGGAUGUUUCUCUGGACUCCAAAGCAAAAAGCAUUACACAGCUUGAAAGUACAAAUAAAGGAACAUGAGUCUUUGAAUGUAUUACAUCGUGUUUGUUAUAGUGCCUGUUGUUCGUACUGUAUACACCUUGGUUUAUUCACUAAUAAAAUUCACGUCAAAAUUCAGGUCCCGGUGGUGAAGUGCUAAAAUUUUUAAUUUAAGGAGUAUGUGAUACACAGAUGAGUCAUUGAAAGAGACAAUGCCUUAUACACCAGUACACUGGUAAUGUUUGGAUUUUUGGAGUCGCACAAUUAAAUAUUUUAACCUACGUUUGCAAACCUGGAAUUGCUACAGGAGAAACAGAAUAUGUGUGCAUGUAAGCAAAGCUUGAGUAAAGAUUAUAUUAUGAGAAGGGAGCA